GCAGCCUUGUGGCACCGGGAGAAGGAUUCCACCGAGCUUACGAACUACGUACACUGUUAAAGAUGAGAUAUAUCGGCUGGAGCGUCAUACGCUGGACUAAAAUCUUCGAUUGAAAUGAAGGGUGUCCUUCAGUAACCCUUUAUCAUGCACGGCUGAUCAUAAACGUGCCGCAAUUCGCAUUCCAGGUUCUUGAAGACAAAGAUAAUUCGAAUGAUGGCGGCCCGGUUACAUGGAGCGACAACAGAUCUGGACACAACGGGCAACGCGAUCCGGCCCUUCGAAGAAAUCAUACGGCUCUUUGAUGACGGAGGGGUUGGCACACGCGAUGCUGACGUUGAUGAAGGGUACACUAAUUACACAGUAUUAGACAACUUAGGACAGCAUUCUGAGAGCUCCUCUGAAAUCAAUUAUAAAGGCUUGUUGGAAGAUCUUAUUGAGGAAGGCAGUAACAAUGGCGAACAAAGUAUGGACUUUUCUAAUCCCUACAGCGUCCCAGCACGAGCUGUUUUCAUCACACUGUACGCAAUGAUCACCAUAAUGUCCCUGCUGGGAAAUUCCCUUGUCUGUCUCGUUGUCGUACGCAACAAGCGUUUGCGCAGCGUGACAAACUUUUUCUUGGCCAAUCAAGCACUGUCUGAUAUGCUGAUGACUGUGCUGAACAUUCCUUUUAUUGCGUUUAAUCAUCUGGUCGGCAGCUGGCCAUUUGGCAGCCUCAUGUGUCACCUGGCCGACUAUUUGGGUAUGUCGUCUGUCUAUGUGUCGACCUUUAUGCUUACGGCAAUCGCACUGGAUCGCCACAGUGUCAUAGUCCACCCACUUCGGCCCCGAAUCACAAUGAGGACUGCCAUAGCAAUCGCUGUGUUGAUUUGGGCGUUGGCGAUGUCCCUGUCCCUUCCGUAUGCGAUUUACCGAAACCUCGUGGAGCGACCUUCGAACAAAAACGAGGUGUUGUGCCUGUCCAAUUACCCCGGAGAGAGCAACGAUUUUGCCAAGUAUUUUACCCUGGCCACAUUCAUCUAUCAAUUUGUGGUUCCACUUGCCUUGACAUCAGGAGCUUACCUUCAUAUUGGCAUCAAGCUGUGGGCUCAAACUUCCAUUGGGGAUGUGACUGCACAGCAGCAAGCUGCAACCAACCAAACAAAGAAUCGCACCACUAGAAUGUUGGUGCUGGUUGUAGCAGUGUUUGCUGUGUGCUGGUGCCCAAUCAACGUGUACCUGUUAGUGAGCCACUUCAGGCCUCACCAGCACAAGAGCCACAUUCUCUACUUGUCACUUCACUGGUUUGCCAUGUGCAGCGUCUGCAUAAACCCAGUUGCGUUUGCUUUCCUCAACAAGAACUUUCGCAGCAACCUGAAGUCGUCGUUUCACUGUUGGUUCAGGCACGCUAACCUGAAAAGCCGCCACAGCAAGAGCUUCGGGCGCACAACCGACCUGAACGAAAACUCACACACGGCGGACAGGCCCACAAACGGUCUGACCCGGUAUGAAUACGUGACAACGCGCACCGCGGGUCCCGCUAGUUCAAGCUGUAACGGUACGCCAGGGGGUACAUGCGAAGCGUACCAAAUGGAAGUGAAGCUCACGUGUCCAGACGAAUUAGUGGACGAAAUCGUUGAAAACAAAGUCUGAGAAGAUUCGGAAGAACUACACCGCCUGCCUGAGAAAAUGACAGGUUUGUUGAGACUUUCACAGGAAGAAACUCACAUUAUAAAUUCCAUUGUGUAGUCCUGUUGUUUUGAAAAUGACGGUGUCUGUUCAAGCUUAGUUAUAUGUGCCACACGUGACCACGACCUUAGGAUCUAUAAGGUACAUAAGGAGUAAAACCUAUGAUCUUCAUACAGCGCACGUAUGUAGAAAGCUAUUUUAUAUACCUGCAGUCUUAAACGUAGACAGAUUAAUUUUCUAGAAGUCGCGCUUCAAUGAAAAUCUGUGGCCAUCAAAAACCGAUGUUGAUGUCGAAAUUUAUUUGGAUCGACUCUUAUUAUUUAGGGCGUAUUUAAAACCCUGUGAGUUGCACAAACAGUGUUCUUGGGCUGUGAUUACGUAUGCCGAAGUGCAAAAUUCAAAAUGGCAGCCACCUUAUACUGCACUGAAUGAAAAGAUGGGAUGAUAUCAACAAUUAUAAGAUAAUUUAAGUCCUAAAAUAACCAUAUAAUAUCAUAUAAAGUUACAAAGGUAAAUUCUGUUUAUAACCACGUAAAAGAGCCCUAUUAUUUAUUCUUAUAAUCAUAAGAACUUUCAGUUUUGUACGUCGGGAUUCUGAAAUCUUUAAAAGGGUUUUUUACCAAGUGAAUUUAUUUCUUCCUGGUUCUGCCUUGAGACAAACGACAACAAACUCGUACGUUUCUGAAUGUGAAUUUUACGGGCUAAUGUCAGUACUGCACGUUCUGACUUAAAGAACCUUCCGGACCUCGCGAUCCUUUUGCUCGACUGAGCAUUAGUUUACAUGCCCUACAGCUUUAAGACACAUUUAGGACACGUUACUCCCGUCUUCUUCCUUUCUACAGAAACCCCACCGCUGGGUAGGUGUGUUAUGAUGGGGGAGGGGAAGAGCAAAAGCACUGAGAAUCCUCUUACAAGCUGCCCAGACGCUUAAUACCAGGAGGCUGUUAUAGGAUGAAGCGCAUGUAUAAUUUUGAGGGUUGCACAGCGCGAAUUCGCGGUUUCAUAGACAAACGAAGCACGUGUAAGAAUAUAAGACAGCAUUUAAAUAAUAUUUAGAGAUGUAUUAAUAAGCUUUAGGGUAAGCCUGGUGUGAAAUUUACAAAUGAUGCCGGCCUCCACUUAUGAACCAACCAACCAUCCACAAUCCACAAAACUGAAGAUAAAUGGGUUUCAGAACAGGGGUGACAUGAUCCCUUUUUAUCCUGGCGAUUAGAAACAUUGAAGAUUAGAAACAUUGAAGAACGGGCAACUUGUAAAGGGUUGCACAGGGUGGCCGCCUGUUUUGAAUUAACCGAUUGCAAACAAUAUAUCUGAUCAUGUUGAGCACCAAUGAUGAUAUCGCAACGCACAAAAGACUUACUUUGCAUGAUUUGUUUGCACUUGACCAAUAUCACAUUAAAUUACAUAUAUUACAGAAUAAUGUGCUUAGUUUUUCUGGCAAUGGACCCGGUCUAUAGACGAGAAUAUCGGAACUGAAGUUUUCCCUUGCGUCAUAAGGGUAUGAUCUGUGAACGAUUGUGACUUUCAGUCAUUAGGGGCAUCCGGAGCUGUAUUUAGAGAGAGUAGCGCCAACUUCAGACUUUUGAACAAAAAUGUCUGUUCAUUGCACAGUGCAGCAUGCAGCUUUCGUGUGCUAAUUGCCCAUUUGCACUGGCGCAUAGUCUACCAUUUUGGUUCCAAUAGUUGAGACACUCACUUCGCAGCUCUCUGUGUAAACAGCUCUAGGGGCAUAGUGCCCAAACGCCCUCAAUGAGUGUUACGGUGUGGCGCAUUGCUAACUUCGUGUUCGUGGUAAACUUCUCUUUGGCACGACCGGUGUACCGUUUUCUCUAGCAUACACCCACAAAGCACGCGGGAUCUGAAGAGGAUACCACGCCACUGGGGCUGAUUUAAUCGUGAAAUCUCGACCAAAUCUUCUAGACGUGACUGGGGAGGUAAAUGGAGUUAUUUUGUCUAGCCAGGACCCUUUAUCAGCUGCCAUUGGGGCUGUAAAACGGUGCAGGGAUGAGGAGUGCGUCAUCUACAGCAGGGUAUAGCAUUUCCUGUCGACUGAAGAAAAGGCACGCUCAUUAUAGGCCCCCUACAUAAUGUUUCAACAUUGUAUGUUAGAGGAUCCGGCAAAGGGGUCGAACGAAUCUGUCUUACGCAUCAUUUUAUAGAUAUUAAAGGCAGUUUGCAAUUUUAUACUGGCAUGAUUGCACAGGUUUAAAUUGUAAGAUUAAAUGCAUCUCAAGGGCUUUGAAUCUAGUCCGUUUUAUCCGAUUCCUUCAUUAGUUCUAAUUUAUUCAUUUGUUAACAUAUAGAAUUUCUGUAUCCAGGGCCUUAAUUGUAGCUUUUCCAUGCAAAUUUCAAAAAGUUUAUAAGAGGGGAAUGCUUAUUGCAUUUCGUCCAGAUUUUAAGAACCACAACUUUGGCCACAAAUGUAAAACUGUUUCAAUUCUGUUUGAUCAAUAUUAAAGGCGUCUACUUUUAUUUGUAACUGUAAUGAUCAAAAUACCACCUAGAGUAAGAAAUUAGAACACUAGCGUCUCAAGGUACGUUGUCAGUUGUCUAUUCUCCAUCCAAUCUGUUUUGACCAUUCUUUUCUCAUAAUCUAGCUACGUGUAAAAUAGGCCUAUGUUAUUUCGAAAGUGUCGAUGUGGGCUUCAUAGUAAACAAGAAGACCUCCAGAGUUUUAGUUAAACCCCGCAUAUGAGCUGCUAAAGCAUGCAUUGUAUCCAUUGUAUAGAACAAUUUCUACUUAUAGUGUCGGCAGGUUGCCGAUAGUGUGCACUAUUCUUAAAUGAAUACAUGUGACGGUUAGGUCAAUUUACAUUGUAGGUUCGUAUACAAUGUCAUCGUGUGGUCACAUCACGUGCAGGUCGAUGCAAUCGAGUAUUGAAUAAUAUUUCAUUUCGUUUCAUUGCAUCGUGUAUGUAAAUAUUGCUGUUACAGGUUUGAAAUCAAGCUUUAUGUAUAAGUGGAUAUUUUGAAUACACAAAAUAAUUUGUUUGCGCAUGCAUAGAAACCGCAUUACCAAGAUCAGCAGAACAAUGUGUAGUUGUACUUACGAGCAGAUGUAGCCUAAUUGAAAGUGAAUGCCCUAUCUCAAAAAGCAAUUAACACUUUGCGAAAUAUGGCUGGAAAAACCCACACUGAAAACAGCAUAUUUAUAAGUAGAAAUCGUACUCACUCCUAUUAUAAAUUAGCUAUGUCUUCUUCAAUACACAACACUGCUUUUACACUGUGUAGGCCUAUAUGAAAUGAAUACGUUUCUGCUUUUCAUAUCACUACACAAACUUUAUUUAUAACAUAACUUCUUGCCAACACUGCGGUGGAGUAAUGUGUUUCAAUGAUGAAGGCAUCCUUGUGAUGUUGACAUUGAAAUUUAGGGAAAAAACAAGGGGUUAAAGAGGAGGGGGUACCUCGCAGGAACAAAAUAUCAGCCCAGCAAGUCCUGAAGCUUAAAUAUAACAAUAGUCUGUUGAAAUCUGUGGUCGUCGCUGUUAGUCUUUCGACACUUAAUGAAAAUAUCUUUCUGAGAGGUCCAGAUAGCACUGCCACCAGUGGGAAAUAUGAGAGGAUGAAGACGUUAGAUGUAAGAAAAUGCAGGAGUAAUAAAGUUGAAGGUAAAAAUGGCUCUCAAAGAUUCUGGCGAGAAUGGGAGAAAAAAGAUUGAGCAAAUGUGUCCCGGGAGGAAUGCAGCAACGACAGAAUGUGACGGAUGGCCGACAGGGACGAAUGUAAAGGCAUGACGAGAGGAAAGAAGAAAAAUGUAUGUGUGUUAGAUGAACUGAAUGUGAAAGGGGUCAGGCAGAAACUGAGGGAGAAUGAGCUUGGAGACUGAGUAGAAAAUAGAGGGGAUGUGUGGAUGAUUGAUUGGGGGCUGGCAGCGAAUGAGAGAGAUUCCAGUGUUGUGGAGUAAUGGUGCCGUACAAGUGUGGUAAUGGCAAUAAAAUUGGGUCCCCGCGGACCAUUUUGAGUAUUGAUUACACAAUCUUAAUUUUCAUCUCGUUAUUAUGAAAAAAAGAAUGGUUGCUCUUAGCGGUUUUGGUUCCCGAAGCCACAUUCCUGAUACAUAUUACGAAAGACAAAUUUAUUGUUGCAACACUAUGAUCCAAAAAGUUAUCUGUUUGAAAAAUAAAAUCCACUCAACUGCUUUGCGCUGAAGGUUUUUGGUAAACUUGCCCAUAUUUUCCAAAGUUCUUCGUGCACAAUUAUCAUAGCAGUAGCAAAAGGCUCAGGCUGUGCACAAUUGUAUUUAAAGAUUAGUAAUGGUAACAAAUUACCAUUUAUCUAUUUUACUUAAUAGUUAUUUUUAAACCAGAUGUAUUGUGGAGUAGAUUUAUAUUAUAAAAUGGAUUUGCGCCAAUUGCAAUUAGAAGUCAGUUUAAUCAAUUUGUGUAUAUAGAUAUAUUGUACAUAUACCCAAUAAAGUGAGCUGUCAUUGCAUAUGUAUAAUAUAGUUAACAGAAAUCAAAACUCAAGUUUUGUUAAUUCACAUAUUUUCUCACACACUUUUACUUAUUUAGAUCGCUUCAAAGUUUAACCUUUGUUACUGUAGAUAUGUUUGCAGAGAAAACAGCAACAGUGGCGGUGUACCCAAGAUGAUUUUUAUAAUGCUUUUAUAAUAUUCUAAAAGUUUGAAAGCAAAGAUUGUAAAGAAAUCAACUGAAUGGGUAGCUAAAAGACUCUUCAAUGAAGUCGAUUUAAUUUGUAUAAAAUGGAAAACUAUUUCUUUUAAAAGAACACAACUAAUGCUUUGUUAGACUCUGUCGUGGUUUCAAAAAGUGCUUUUUAUCUUUUAUCUUCAAUACAAUUUUCAGUAUAGCUUUAUUUUGUAUAUUUCCAAGGCAGACGAAAUAUUAACUUUUUACAGGAAGCUAUCCUUUAUAAAUACAACAAUGGAAAGAAAAUUCGUGUAUUUGUAUAGAUAUAAGAAACACACAAUUGGGGUUUCUUGUAUUCAAUUAUUACCGACGUGGUAUCAAUGGUGAAACAUCGUUUGUGUGCUGUAUACUGUAAGGUAUGACAACUUUGGAUAGGCCUAUAUAAUGUAUUCUAGGUAAAUUAAACUUAACUGAUGUACAAUUUUCCCAUUAGUUGUUAAUAAUUUAGAAAAGAAUUUAUUCAACAUUUCAGGCUGUAUUUCCCAUUAUUUGCUUUAAAUUUUAGUUAAAAACGGAAAAACCAUAUCAUUUUGAUCAAUGUUUGGUAAAAAAACCCAGUGACUACACUGUUGCACUUAAGAUCUGCACACGUUCAUGGGCGCUAGUCAAUAGGUUGCGGAGACAUGAUCGAAAUUUAACAUGUACACGCAUUUCUCGAACAGGGGUCUGACCGAAAAGUUCUGCAUACUGCGUUAAAAGUUAUAAUACACAAAUGUCAAAGUAUUAUCGGAAAGGGUACAGAUGUUCAAAUAAACACCAAUUCACGUACGUUUUGGAUAAAUUGACUGACGUUCUGCUCAUUUCAAAAAGUUUAGAAUGGACUUUGUAAGAAAAUAUGUCCCUGGUUUUUCUGUCUCUCGAAAGCUAAGGUUACAUAUCUGUGCAACAAGUUGAUACUUAAUUGAGGUAUUCUAAUAACAUCCUGCUAUAAAAUGAACACAGAGUGUUGCAUUAAAUGUGAAUAGCACUACUCUAAACUCAAAAGCGUCAGUUUGGUCCAAACUUGCCAAACUAAAUGAACUAAGAAAGGACUAAGACACAUUAAGCCCCAACACUGGUUCGGCUCCUGAAGUCCAUCAAUAUGAAAUUUUGUUGUUGUUAUUAAGCUUUUCUGGAUUCCUUAAAAGCGAUGUAGACAGAAAUUUCGGCUCGCCUGAUCCAAAUGCUUUUGUAGAAAAUAUAAUGCACGGUGUC